UUUAUAUUUUUAUUCUUUGCUUAAUCCACUAAAAUGGAUAUUUGCCUCAUUCUUUCAUUGUUUAUAAAAAUACUAUAAGCUAAGCUCGGCAACUGCUCAGCUUAAAUGUUUAAAGCAAAGGUACUAAGGUUGGUUUAUUAAUACCACUCCCACCCGCCUUUUCGGUCUCCUUCUUCCAAUCCCAUGUGACUCUGUCUCUCUUUUCUCUCUUUGUCUCCAAUCAAUCCCCCCUUAAAAAUCUUUCUUUCUUUUCCUUUACUUCUUUGAUUAUAUUACUGCAUCAAAUCAUGAAGCAGACACGUUAAUAGUUUCUUCUGUUGCUUUUCACUCCACUGCUGACUUUGGUUCUAGUUUUGUGAUCCUGGGGUGUCCCUAGGAUUUGGCUUUUUGGAUUUGCCAAAUCUUUGAGGAUAGAAUGAGUUUCGUGUGAAGUUUUCCUUGAAACUGCAAAUGAAGAAGAUCAUUUUGUUUAGAUGCUUCAUUUUCUUGCUCAUUGUAGGCUUUGGUUGUUUGAGCUCAGUUCCAGCUUUGCCUCAAAAUGGAUCAAUCAGAGAUCAUGUCAAGUUUAUUAUUGGAGGGGUGAAUUUAGGUCCAUGGAAGAAUGAAAUAUCUGAGUUGGCACAAGCACCGGCACCUACAAGUGAUGAGCCUCCAAGCACGCUGGUGUUGGCAGCAAAAAGGACUAAUAGGCCGGACAUUCUUCGCCAUUUCAAGCAUUAUCUCGGUGGGUGGGAUAUUACCAACCGGCAUUAUUGGGUGUCUGUUGGAUUUACAGGUGCUGCUGGAUUCAUUUUUGCUGUCCUGUGGUUUGUUUCUUUUGGCUUGGUUCUUGCGGUAUAUCAUUGCUGUGGGUGGAGAAUAAACAUCAAAGGAAAAAGAUCGGAUCAAUCCCAAACGAUUUGUCUUAUAAUGCUCAUAUUGUUCACAAGUGCCGCAGCGACUGGAUGUAUUCUUCUUUCUAUUGGGCAAGAUGAAUUUCAUGAUGAAGUGUUGCAUACUUUGAAAUAUGUUGUAAACCAGUCAGACUACACUGUGCAAAUCCUAAAAAAUGUUACACAGUAUCUAUCUCUAGCAAAAACCAUCAACGUGGCCCAGGUGUUCCUUCCUUCUGAUGUCAUGACUGACAUCGACAAGUUGAACAUAGAUCUAAACAGAGCUGCAGAUACACUUACAGAGAAGACCAAUGAAAAUGCUGUCAAAAUAAGAAGAGUCUUCAAUGCUGUGCGAUUAGCACUUAUCACGGUGGCAGUGGUGAUGUUAAUUUUGGCUCUGCUUGGUCUUUUAUUGUCGAUUCUAGGGCACCAACAUGCCAUUCACAUAUUCAUAGUCAGUGGAUGGUUACUAGUAGCUGUUACAUUCAUUCUUUAUGGAGUUUUUGUAAUCAUGAACAAUGCAAUUUCUGACACUUGUUUGGCAAUGGAAGAAUGGGUGGAAAAUCCCCAUGCUGAGACUGCUCUUAGCAACAUCCUUCCUUGUGUUGAUCAGAGAACAACAAACCAUACGCUCACUCAGAGUAAACAAGUCAUCUAUAGUAUAGUAAAUGUUGUCAAUAGAUAUAUUUACUCCGUUGCCAACUCAGAUCCUUCCCCAGAUGACAAUCGUUAUUAUAAUCAGUCUGGGCCUCCAAUGCCUCCUCUAUGCUACCCAUUUGACUCUCAGCUACAAGAUCGCCAGUGUGGGUCUUAUGAGGUGUCUAUGGUAAAUGCUUCUCUGGUUUGGCAGAACUACACAUGCAUGGUAUCAGCAUCUGGGCUAUGCACCACCACAGGAAGGAUAACGCCUGACCGAUUCACACAGCUGGUGGCAGCAGUUAAUGAGAGCUAUGCUCUCGAGCACUAUACACCACCCUUACUUUGCCUGCAAAAUUGUGAUUUUGUCAGGGAUACGUUCCAAAACAUCACCUCAAAUUACUGCCAUCCAUUGGAGCUUUACCUUAAGAUGGUAAAUGCAGGGUUGGGCUUAGUCUCAGUAGGAGUCUUGCUCUGUUUAGUUCUCUGGAUACUCUAUGCAAACCGCCCCCGAAGGGAGGAAGUGUUUGUGAAGCUAUCCUUGCCAAUAAAAUGUUUGAGUUGCAAGAACAAUUUCAGCACAAACAGCAACAAUAAUACAACACCGUCAAACAUGACAAAUGGAGUCUAAGUUAUAGCAAGAAAUUAGGUUUCAGUCUUUCACUUUCCAUUGUAUCGCAAUUCGCAUGCCAGGAAAAGAAAAAAAAAAAAAAAAACCAAGGUGGGGCAAAGCUCCAUUUUGAGUUGGGAGGGUCAUAUAUCAUUUCUGUCAAUUGUCUUGUUAUAUGUUUAUGGUAAAUGCUGUUUACAUUGGAUGUGCUACUUGUAUGCCAUCAUUUGUCUUGGUUCUUAAGAAAAGCUGGAAAAAAAAUUACAGAAGUUGUCACUCAUAAUGCAGAGUGCAGUAAAUAAAAAUGAACUGGUAAUUGGUGGAAGGAAUCAACCAUCGAUCCCAUUCCAUGAAAUCUUAUUCUGUACUGAUUUACAAUGUUUUGAGUCUAUGAGAUGUAAUAUCCAAUUCAAACCAUUUUCCUCAGUUCCAAGUAUUUUGGUAAGACAAGAAUUUGCUGCAAUAAACAACCAAUGCAUCAACUCCAAGAACAACAUAAAAGGAAGCCAUUGAUAUCAAAAGAAAAAGGUUCAAUUUCCUGCAACAGA